CGAUAUUAUCUGAUCGCCAUAAAGUUCGUAGCCCAUAUUUAAUAUCUUGUUUGUUAGUGGCAAUCCUGGGAUACGCGUUGCUUCUUGCAAAUAAUGCAAGCAUUGCUUUGAAAUAUUCCGGUGCUUGUAUUGUUGGAUUGGGUUUUUUUUCAUGUAUCCCUACUUUACUUGCAUGGAUGUUAAAUAAUUUGGCAGGUGAUUCGAAGCGUGCUGUAGGUUGCGCGAUGGCAGUAUCAAUGGGCAAUUUAGGUGGAAUUGUAAGUGCCCAAUUAUACAGACCUGGUGAUGCACCAGCUUUUAAGCUUGGUCAUUCUAUUGCAUUAUCGUUCUUAGUUAUUGCGGUAAUUUUAUCUAUAAUCCAAUUUUAUUACUUGAAUAGAAUGAAUAAAGAUAAACUUAACAAUCCUGAUAAGUUUUUGAAAGGACUAAAUGAGGAGGAGGCUAAACAUUUGGGCGAUUCACACCCUUCGUUCACUUAUAACAUAUAG